AUGAUGUCAAAUAUAUUGAAAAAUAAUUAUCUGAGAUUUGUAAUACUUGCUGGAAGAUGUUUAGCAAGCACUGGAAAUAAUGUUAAUAUAGGCGAUCAGAUGAAAAUUCUAAAUGACAAUAAGCAGUAUAAAAAAGUUCUUGAAUUAUUUGAUGCAUUCAACGAAAACAACAUUGAUAAAUGUUCCAAUUGGAUUGUUAUUCAAGCUUUAAAAGCAUGUACUCAAAUAAAUGAUGUUCAGCAUGGUUUGAAAAUUCAUAAUCUUAUUUCAUCUCGUCUAAAACAUGAUCCUUAUGUGUUACCGUCAUUAAUUCAUUUCUAUAUGCAAUGUGGCGACAUUAAUCGUGCUCAAUUAUUAUUUGAGACAUCAACAAAGAAAACAUUACCCAUGUACGGGGCAAUGAUGAAAGGUUAUAUAAAGAAUAACUUGCCGAAAAAAGUCAUUGAUCUUUUCAACGAAAUAAAAGAUCCUGAUAGAGUCAUCAUCAUUCUCUUAUUCAACGCUUGUGCUCAAUUGGGCACAAACGAAGAAUUAAACUUGUGUGGUGAUGUAACAAGUGCUAAAUCAUUAUUUGAUCGAUCCUCAAAGAAAACAAUAUCAAUGUAUGGAGCUAUGAUGAAAGGUUUUAUAAUAAACAAUUCAUCUAAGCAAGCAAUUGAUCUUUUCAAUGAAAUUAAGGAUCCAAAUGAAACUAUAAUCACUCUUUUCUUUAAUGCCUGCGCUCAACUAGGAACGGAAAAAGAAUUAAUUUUAUUAAAAUCAAUUUCAUCAAAGAUUUCCAAUUCUUUUUACUCGAAUUCUUAUGUUGUAACUUCUCUUAUUGAUGCAUUUAUGAAAUGUGGCGAUGUGACAAGUGCUAAAGCAUUAUUCGAUAGAUCAACCAAGAAAGCAUUAUCAAUGUAUGGAGCUAUGAUGAAAGGCUUGACAAUAAAUGAUCAAGAGGAAGAAGCAAUUGGCAUGUUUAAUGAGAUUCAUCUUGAUGAACUCCAUCGAGAAAAUCAUAGCGGGAAACAAAAGAAGUUAUUAUCUGAAAUGAACACUGAUCGUUUUGAAGCAAAUAUUAUUGUUUAUUUAUGUCUGUUAAAAGCUUUGACUAAGCUUGGCAUGUUAGAAAAAGCUCAAUCGUUUGUUCAACAAAUUCCAAGUUAUUUUCUUACUGAUCAUCGAAUUGGAUCUGCAUUGAUUCAUAUGUGGGGUAAAGUUGGUUCUGUGGAUAAAGCAAAACGAAUAUUUGACAAAAUAUCUCAACCGGAUCACAUUGGAUGGACAGCGAUGAUUAAUUCUUAUGGUUUAAAUGGAAUGGGUGAUGAAGCAGUAAAACUAUUUCAUCAAAUGCCGAAAGAAUCCAUUGAUCAUUUAACUUACAUUUGUGUUUUGAAUGCAUGUUCACAUUCAGGACUUGUUGAUGUAGCUCGUUCAAUCUUCAAUAAUAUUCAAACGAAAACAGAAAUAAUAUAUACAACAAUGAUCGACUGUCUCAGCCGUGCAGCUGCUUUUGAAGAAGCACAGAAGUUAAUCGGGGAAUUCGAACGUGAUCAUGCGCCUGCAGUAUCCGUCUACAGUUUGUAUUCGUCAAUUUAUUUAUAAUUAAAUCAAGUUUCGGUUUAUUUUUAUGUUGGGUUUUAUUUGAACCGAUUAAGAAACAAUGCAGUCAGAAAGAGUUAACAUUUUAUUAUUAAUUUCCCAUUCGAAUAUCCUAUUAACCGAAUUAAUUUCAAGAUAAAUGUGCUUUAUUAUACACUCAGCAAUAUCAGUGCGUAAUUUAUAAAAAUAAAAUCUAAUCUAAUCAAACCAAAAGCAAAAUGAAUUGAAAAACAAGAGGAUCUCUUCUCGGCAUAAGACGUACAUGUUAUCAUUAAAAAGAAUUUUUCUAUCGUAAACAAUGAAACUUUUAAAAAUACUUUCGGGUGAUUGAAGAAUUUCACAUCAUACUUUUAUUUAUGCUAUCAACAAAAAAACGUUUUUGUUCUCAAUAAUACAGUCGAAUAUAUUUUACUGUAUGAAAUGGCAAACGUGCACGAGAUGGGCACGGUUCUGUUCUGACAAAAAAUUAUGUAGUUUAGAUAAAUAUGAAAACAUAUUGGCUAAGAACACUAAAAACAAAUCGCGUUAUUAGCAAUGAUAUAAUAUUUUAUGUGUCCUUAUAGACUCUAAGAUAAGAACAUUGAAAACUAACCAUUCAUAUUGUUAUUUAGAAAAACGUAUUUCAGUAUUUAUCCAGUAUACGCAGUGGUAGAUCAAAGAUUUUUAUGAUAUUAUAAUAUUCGGUGGUGAUGUGGAGCGACUCGACGAAGAUGAAGACUAUCAUGAUUGUGAAAAGUAUUUUAAGACUCUUUGCAGGUAGAAAGAGCGCAUGUUCAAUCCUUUUCUAGUAGAACAAAAAAACAAUUUUUGGUCAAUAUGGCGAGAUCUUCCCAACUCCCUUCUUAAGUCUACUACUGAUUGUAUCUAAUGUAUUGGAAAUUUUCUUUCGGUUUGGUUUAAAAUUUUUAAAAAUUCAACCCAUACAGAUUUCUCCAUCGUCUAUUGUGACGCUUUCCGUAAUCGAUUUUGAAAGUGAAAAAAUGAUCAAGCCUUUAGAACUCUAGGAACAAAGAAAUUUUCAAAUUCCUUUUUCUAUUUGGCAUGUAAUUUGACUGAUAUUCCUAUUGAAUUGAUUUUCUCAGAAAUUUUUUUUUAAUCGUGCAAAACGAAACUGUUGAAUGAAAGAUUCAUAGAAGAUUCUUAAAUUGUCACUCAAAAUCAAAAUAAACGAUUAAACCAAAUUUUUUAUCAUAAAACGAAUAACAUAGUGUAAGAUUCAGUACAGUUAACAGCGAAGAAUACUUCUACUAAAUGUUAACUAAUUUCCCAGGGAAUCGCAAAUUAAUCAAAAUAUUUCUACUAGAUUUGUUUUUGAAUUCAUGUAUAGAUAAACAUACUCUCUUAUUAUUUAAUUACCAUACAUGUACUUCUUCGAAAGAAAAAUACAAUAAAACGUAUUUUUUGAAUGAAAAAAAAACAGAUAAUGAAUUUUGAUAAGAAAAGGAAAACUUCUAUCAAUUAAAAUAACGAAUUCGUUUUCUUUUCUCGUUUUUAUUUUAGCGGCAUUAUUAUCAGGUGCUCGCAAUCAGAAAUAUAGUAAACUAUCACAGGAAGUUGUUGAUCGUAUGCAAAAGCUUUUCCCUAACAUGAAAGAUUCAUUGGUGGCAGCUUCGAUUCUGUUGGC